AUGAGUUCAUCGAAGAGAAUUAGCUCCGAGAGACGACGCCUCGUCGAGAAAUUGCAUGCAUCUGCUCGAAGACAUUUUCCACGAAGACGUGUUGUAAUCAAAGGAUUCGACGACUUGUGGCAAGCGGAUAUCGUCGAGAUGCGUCCGUAUUCGAAUAUUAACAGAGGUCAUCAUUAUAUACUUACCAUGAUCGAUGCGCUGAGCAAAUUCGCAUGGGCACUAGGGAUGAAGAUUAAGAACGGAAAAGAGACGGCUGACGUCAUCGCCGAGAUAAUUUGGAAGAGCGGAAGAUGUCCACGCAACUUGCAAACGGAUAUGGGCAAAGAGUUUUACAACGCCGAUGUGCAGAAACUCUUGAGAAAACACCAUAUUAAUCAUUAUUCCACAACUUUGAAAGAUAAGAUGUGGAAGAUGUUUACGUUGCAAGGAUCUUACAAGUGGGUCGACGAGCUACCGCGUCUGGUUUCCGAAUACAACGACACGCUGCAUAGAACGAUAGGCAUGCGACCUGUGGAUGUAACGCCGGCGUCGGCUAAAAAGCUGUUGAACACUGUGUAUAGUCACGUUAAGAUCGCUGCUCCUGCAAAAUUCACGGUCGGAGCUAAGUGUGUGACACUCUACAUUAAAAAUCUCGAUCGAGCAGAAGGAGACUUGCGCGCGGUGCAUACUUGCAGCGGCGUGUGCGAACCAUACGUGUUCAAGGCUAAUGAUACAUCGUACGAUUCGUCUUCGAUGUAA